UUUUCCAAUCCAGCUCUGCUCUUCCAGCGGGAUCGUUCGAUGCGGACUGUCUGCCCGCCUCCCCGUCGUCAUGUCAUUUGAUCGUCACAUGCGUCCGCAUGCGCCUCAGCUCGAGCUGGCAGCGGCCCCCUUAGCCGCCCGCUGUCGGGCGCCCCGCGCCCCGGAGCUUCGAGCGGGUCGAGGCCGCCAAGCGCUUGCGCGAAGUGGCAACCCGCCUCGGAGUCGCCCGCGAGGCCGACAAUGCCGGGCGGACGAAGGCAUCAACGAGGGCGCGGAGCACAUCAACAAGUUCCACGACGUCCACAGCCUGUGCAGGGCCAUGCCGAUGCGCGACGUCCACAGCCUGUGCAGGGCCAUGCCGAUGCGCCUGAGACUCUGGAGGGUCAAGGGCGGCGACCGCCUUCGCUAGUAGUGCCUGCUCUGACACAGCGCCCACAUAAGCGCUGACAUGUGGCCGCCACCUCACGGGGGGUCCGACUUCGGAAGAGGGGCUGGACUAUGAUACUGGCGCGUCGCAGUGGGCCAUGAUCCAGGCGGCGGCCACGGAGGAGCUGCUGCGGCGACAGGUCGGCUUCGGGAAGCACAAGGGCCUGACCUACCGGGAGGUGAUGGUGACGGAGCCGAGCUAUUGUGAUAGAUUUGCGAGGGCCCACGUGAAGCCCAAGCACGAGUUUACGUGGCCAUUCAUGUUCGAUUUCGUCCAGGCGAUGCGGCGGCUGGGUUUCCCGCGCGACGCUGCGGAGCGGGGUGAUUUACGCAGAGUCGGCUUCGGGAAGUAUUACAACCUGACGUACAGGGAGGCGCUGAACCAAGACCCGGACUAUUGCGACUGGUUUCUGACUCUGAAUUGCCCGGCGCAGGGUCGGGCGCAGCACGACUUCGUACUGUGGCUGCGGGCGGAGCGUCUGGUGGCUGCGGCGCAGCGCGACUUCGUACGGUGGCAAGAGCCAGCCGCCAGAGGAUACGCCGAGGGCGGCGACCCGCGCGCGGGCGCCGCCGGCGGUGGCCGCAGCAGCUCCGGCGUGCGGCAGGCGGGCCAGCGCAUGGCCCCCCUCGGCGUCCUCGGCCUGCUGCAAACGCGGACCUUCCAGGAGGUGUUCGACGAGGACCCGGAGCUCUGCAGAGGGAUGGCGGGCCCCGUCCCCGACGAUCUGAUCUUAGAUUCAGACGAUGACCGCAUCUCUUUGGGCGGACUCAGCCUCGGUUCCGACGCGGGUGGCGUCGCGCUCGAGGGCUCGCCAGACUGCGGCGGCAUGAGCCCUGACUCUGAGCUCGACGCCGACGGUUUGCAUGUGGAGUCCGACGACGGCGACGCCAUGAGCGCGCUGCCCGACCUCAGCGCGCCAGCUGCCGUGGCGCCCGGGCCAGGUCACCGCAAGCGCACGUGGCAGGAGGUGGUGUCUGCGCUCGCGUUCAACGAUCGACUGGCUGUGCAGCGAGCAGCGAAGCGAGAGUUCAGAUCGCCCCAGGAGUUCGCGGCGACGGCCGACGCCUUCUCCGCGACGAGAUUGCACGUGGGCGACCGGGUGGAGUUUGGUCGAUGGCGCGAGCUGCUGUGCGACUCCGCUAAAUAUUGCGUGAGGGAGCCUGGCAGCAAGCCCCCCUCCUUCGGCCCCGCCGGCGCGCCCGGCGGCCCCAUCGGAGGGGCGGCGGAGAUGCUCGAUUAUCGGACCGCCCGUGCCGUGGGUUUCAAGUGCAAGAGUGGAAUUCUUGAGCUACUGGCGGAGACCGUGGAGCUCUCGUGGGAGGAGGACCCCGUCGUUCACGGGAUCGAUGUAGCACCGCCGAUGGCCCCCGUCAAGGUUUCGCGAGCGGAGGAAGUGAUUGUCCCACCCAUGUUUAUGACUUCGAGUGGGACAGAUUGCACUUAUCGGGCUUUCAGUAGAUCACCUUUCAACUUCCACACGGCCAGCGGCCUGCUGCAAUCAGUCGAUUUCAUCAUGUACGUGUUGGGAAGUGAUGGGGCCAUGCCCAACAUACGUCUGAUGACGUACUGCAUGCAGGCUGCGGCGGCCUUCAAUGAAGGAGCCGACCGCGACGCAGACGACCCGACCAGGUGGCAGGGAUGGCUCCUUAUUGUUACGCAGCUGUGUUACAGUCACAUUCUCAACAGAUCUGUGUACCUCACAUUCAAGCACACCCAGCUGGUGCCGUCCCUGUACAACGUGGCCUUCACCUUCCGCUACCAGCCUCGGCUCAGCGCUUUCAUGAGGAAGCUACGGGAGAAGGUGUCCUCGGAUCUUCACACCGGCGGGUACAUGAUCGGCGAGCCCUCGCAGUCCGACCUCAGCCACACGUCCGCCGUCCUGUCUCUGUGCGUAUGCCGCCCCUUGCGCACGCGAGGGCGCGAUUGGCAGCUGGGCCCUGCGAGGGGCGAGGACCUCGUGCGGUACAGGUGCGAGGUUCUCCAGAGCUUGCUCACGGGCGACAUCAGGUCCGACAGGGUCAGCGCUUUGACGGAGACGUUUCUGGAUCCAUUGGCGUCGGUCCUUCCCUCGACGUCGAAAUGGUACACUAUUGGGCCGUCGAUGGUUCCCCAAGUGUCGCUUAUCAUGAUCAACCGCAUUUUGCCGCAGAUAGGGCCACUGACCAUUGAGGAUCUCGACGAGGAGAACGAGGAGGACCCGUGGAGGCAGAGAAUCGCCCAGAGAGUCAACAAAGGCAAGGCAGCCAUCAAGGAUCCAGAGUUCUGGAAAGAGUCCGUGGUCGCCCUCUGGGGUGCAGAACCAAUCGAGGCGUUAGACUCCAGGCUGCAGUAUUUGGAGGAACACGGCCUCGCCCUGCCAGAUGCCGCUGACCCUGCGGGGUGCGUUUUCGAAUGUCAGGCGGAGUUGUUCAGGCGGGCGCUCUCACAUCCGUCUUCGACGUGGACAGCGGCGAUGCUAGGGCACCAUUUUGCCUUGGACCCGCAGGUCGACCAAUUCGAUUUUAAGAUGCUGUGCUUCCGCAGGGCGAUGAGCAUCAGCGCCAUCGUGUGGUCUCGCAUCGAGAUCCCGCUCUCCAGGCCCCCUCUUGCGUGGUGCAGGCUUGCCGACCCCAAGUGCCCCGAUGGCGUCAAGGAGCAGCUGCACUCCUUGUUCAAGCGGGUUCCUCGAUGUUGCCUGGACUGCGGCUUCACUCUCCCGCUGCGGACGGCUGGCGCGUCGCUGGACGACCUGGGCCACAUGGCGAAGAGCUUGAGCAGUCGCGGCGGGUGCACCAACAUGGGCCUGGAGAGGCUUCUGGCUCUGAUCAAGAAGUCGUGCCCGCAUGUAUCUCGCCACCCGACGGCCGAGAGAUUGAUUUACGGCGGCGGGCUGACGCAGUUCCACAACAGGUACGUGCGGAGUGGUUUCGGAGAUUCCAGGGGCCCGGCCAAGCGCGCCGAGUUGAUCGAGAAGGGGGUCCCCAUUGCUGCCGCUGCCAAGGAUCGAGCGCGCCGGGGGGCUGCGGGUUCUCGGAUGCAUCUUGCUUACGGCAACUUGAAGUUCACAGAGUGGGCCAGCCAGCACCCCGAGGCGACCUCGGAGGAGCUCGGCCAGCAGCGUUCGAGGUGCAUGAAGUUAUGGUCAACGGCAUCGGCUGAUGAGAAGCUGGAGUUCGAGCGGAGGCAGCGGCGCCUCGCCGAUGGCGGCCUCCAGGGCGUCCCCGAGCCCGAUCUCGAGCCUGGUAGCGUGAUAUCCAAAUCAGUAUGGGCUGCUCUCAUCGGGGAUGACAAGUGGUGCGUGGCGCCGAGCAACGUCGAGGCCAUGCUCAGGAUGUCGGACGGCGCGGUCCCGCGCGAGUUUGACGUUGAGAGCGAUGCGAGGGGCGGGGUCGACCAUCGCUUCAGGUCGAUCCGGGACCGAGCCCUGCCCGACUACUUGAUCAAGGACGUCCCAGAUCACUCUGCGGCGAUCCCGUCUACUGCUGAUCUGUCCCUGCCGAUGCCGUGCCACGCCGUGCACUUUGGUCUCUGCUUCUCGCGGGACAAGGGCAUCUACGGCGAGAUCGUGAAGAUUGCUGGCGCCAUCAAGCAUUUCUUCCAGCCCGAUGCGGUCGGCGAGUUCUUCGUCUUGCGCUCCUUCGUCGGCGACGGGGCCAACCGCGCCGACGUGGCCGAGGCAGAUGACGAGGGCGAGCAUCGGAGGCCCCGGGCUGUGCGCGCUGGCAGAUGGAGUGUGCACCCCAAGUUCAGCAUCUCCAAAGUGGUCACUCGCGGCGUGCACACCGGCUGGGGCGCGAACUGCAAUCGGCACUUGAAUGCAGACGACAGCAACCGAUGUACGAAGAAUUGCACCCUGGGCAAGCGCGACCCGCUGCCAGAUGCAGUAGUUGUCCAGGCCUUGCGCCGCUGGCUCACCGAAGGCCUGGACGUGGCGUUGGACGGGGCUGAGAGCAGGAACGAUCAUCGCAGGGCGUUCCCUGAAGACCGGGCUAAUAUAGAGGCUUACGCGUCUCAGUACACUGAGGCGCUCGACGAGCUCCCCGACGCUGCGGCGAGCUAUGAUGCAGGUCCGAAGUUCGGCGAAGCGCAGAUCGUGGACCACAUGAGACAGGGGCACCGCUUCGGCGCGCCGGGGGUCGCCGGCAUGACCACGGAGUCCACGAUGAAGGCGGGAGCUCUGGUGGGCGUGGCCGAGUACAAGAACAGUGUGGGCGAGCGCGUCUACGCCUCCACCAAGAGGAAGCCCCUCGGCAACACGUACAGCCGCGGGCACGAGGUCAGCAUUCCCGAGAAGGGCUUCGGCAAGAAAGAGUAUGACGUGGCGGACGCAGAGAACGAUCCUGGCAAGCCGAG